GUGGGUUUUCCCUCGUGGCUCCCACUGGCCCUCCCGAGCGGCCGAUUCGAAUGCAUGCGCGCGCGGGGCGCCGCCGACGCGGCGGCGGCACCGGGAGCCGCGCCGGCGCUCCAUGCGGCGAAAGGCCGCGGCCCGGGAGUCUUCGCAGUGCUGGGCAGCCUGGCGGCCUGCGGCCUGGGCCUUUGGGCGCUGCUGGCGCUGAGGCUCCACUCCUACGCCGCGCCGGCCGCGGUCUCCAAAACAGUGCUGGAGCGAAAGCCGGCGCUGAAGCGACGGGACCCAGGCGAACGGGACAAGGACACGCACAGGCCAUCUCCCGAAAAGAACACCGCGGCCAAGGCCCAGCCCACGGGCAAGGCCCAGCCCAAGACCAACACCACACGCCGCAAUUCCUCACGAGGCCUGAUCCUGCGAGGCAAGCCGAAGGACCGGCGCUUUGCGCUGGUCCCGCGACCCCAGAUUUUGGAGGGCCUGCAGCAGACCACCUCUCGCAGCUUCAGCAACUGGUCCUUGCGCGCGUUCCGGCCAAGCAGCGGCGAGGAGAGAUGGGCGCUGGAAGCCUUGGAGUCGGUGCUGCAGGUCUCCGCGCAGUUCGACGCGCCGGGGGCGGUCACGGCCUUGCUGCGGGCCGAGCGCGCCGAGGCGCGCCGGGCCUGCGCCGAGCAGCUGGGGCUCCCCCUGCCGUCUUACCGGGUCCAUGAGGACGAGCAGAAGGACUGCCAAGCGAAGGAUUGGCACUUCGCCCUGAGUGGGCCCAAGGGCCUCUGCUGCGCCGCCGUGCGCCCCGCCGGGCUCUUCCGCUUCGCCCAGACCCUGCGCCAGCUCGCAGGCGAACAUUCCCCUGCAAACCUGCCGGACUUCGUCUUAGAGGACUGGCCGCGGUUCUGCUGGCGGGGGCUGCAGCUGGACGCGGUGCGGCACUUUAUGCCGGUGGAUUUCCUGAAGCGCUACAUCACCGCCCUCGCGCACUUCAAGGCCAACUUCUUCCACUGGCACCUCACGGAUGACCAGUCCUGGCGUUUGUUCGUGCGGAGCCGCCCCGCGCUGGUGAACGCCUCCCGGCUCACGAGCCCCGAGUUCUACAGCGAGCAGGAUGUCCAGGAGUUGGCUGCGUCCAGCCUGUGGCGAACCGCGCGCGCGUUAGCUACUUUCGGCUGA